GCGGUUGGCAGCUGGGCUGUUGCUGCGCGAGGCCGGCUUAGGAACUGAACCGCGGAAAGGCGCGUGUCGGCCGCUCACUGGCGCAGCAGCUACCGCCGCCGCCGCCGCCGCCGCCGCCGCCGCCGCCCUCCCCGCUCCGCCCCGGCGUUGUCGCAAGCGCAGUUACGGACCGAGAGCGGCCCUGGCUUGGGCAGGGAGGGGAACACGAGCGACCCGUGUGUCGUGGCUGCACGGCAGGUGACAGGGGCUUGCUGUAAAAUGGGACUUCUGAUUGUAGUCACUGGACUCUGGCUCUUUUCCUCAGUAAAGGCAGAUUCAAAAGCCAUUACAACCUCUCUUACGACAAAAUGGUUUUCUACUCCGUUGUUGUUAGAAGCCAGUGAGUUUUUAGCAGAAGACAGUCAAGAGAAGUUUUGGAAUUUUGUAGAAUCCAGCCAAAAUAUUGGAUCAUCAGAUCAUCACGGGACUGAUUAUUCCUAUUAUCAUGCAAUAUUGGAAGCUGCAUUUCAGUUUCUGUCGCCUCUACAGCAGAAUUUGUUGAAAUUCUGUCUGUCUCUUCAUUCCUACUCAGCUACAAUUCAAGCCUUUCAGCAGAUAGCAGCUGAUGAACCUCCACCAGAAGGAUGUAAUUCAUUUUUUUCAGUGCAUGGAAAGAAGACUUGUGAUUUUGAUGCCUUAGAGACUCUUCUACUAACAGCACCUGAAAGACCUAAACCCUUAUUGUUCAAAGGAGAUCAUAGAUACCCUUCAUCUAAUUCUGAAAGUCCGGUGGUGAUUUUCUACUCUGAGAUCGGCUGUGAGGCAUUUUAUAAUUUCCACCGCCAGCUUGUAUCAAAAAGCGAUGCAGGCGAGAUUAAUUAUGUGUUCAGACAUUAUAUAUCUAAUCCUAGGCGGGAGCCUGUUUAUCUCUCUGGCUAUGGUGUGGAGCUGGCCAUGAAGAGCACCGAGUACAAGGCCAAGGAUGAUACUCAGGUGAAAGGAACUGAAGUAAACACCACAGUGAUUGGUGAAAAUGAUCCUAUUGAUGAGGUUCAAGGAUUCCUCUUUGGAAAAUUAAGAGACCUGCACCCUGACCUGAAGGAACAUUUGAAAGAACUUAGAAAGCAUCUUGUGGAGAGCACCAAUGAAAUGGCACCUUUAAAAGUUUGGCAAUUGCAAGAUCUAAGCUUCCAGACUGCUGCCCGAAUCUUGGCUGCCCCUAUUGAAUUAGCUUUGGUGGUUAUGAAGGAUCUUAGUCAAAAUUUUCCUACCAAAGCCAGAGCAAUAACAAGAACAGCUGUGAGUUCAGAACUUAGAACUGAAGUAGAAGAGAAUCAGAAGUAUUUCAAGGGAACAUUAGGAUUACAGCCUGGAGAUUCAGCGUUGUUCAUCAAUGGACUUCAUAUUGAUUUAGACACGCAGGAUAUAUUCAGUCUGUUUGAUGUCUUGAGGAAUGAAGCUCGGGUCAUGGAGGGCCUUCAUAGACUGGGGGUAGAAGGCCUUUCUUUGCAUAACAUUUUGAAGCUGAACAUCCAGCCCUCGGAGGCCGACUAUGCUGUUGACAUCAGGAGUCCCACUAUUUCCUGGAUCAACAACCUGGAGGUUGAUAGCAGGUAUAAUUCAUGGCCUUCUAGUCUACAAGAGCUGCUUCGACCCACCUUUCCUGGUGUUAUCCGGCAGAUCAGGAAAAACUUGCAUAACAUGGUUUUCAUAGUUGAUCCUGCUCAUGAGAGCACGGCAGAGCUGAUGAGCACAGCGGAGAUGUUCCUCAGUAAUCACAUCCCACUAAGACUUGGUUUAAUCUUUGUGGUUAACGAUUCUGAAGAUGUAGAUGGGCUGCAGGAUGCUGGAGUGGCUGUACUGAGAGCGUAUAAUUACAUUGCCCAAGAGGUGGAUGACUACCACGCCUUCCAAACUCUCACACAUAUAUACAACAAAGUAAGGACUGGAGAAAAGGUGAAGGUUGAGCAUGUGGUCAGUGUCCUGGAGAAGAAGUACCCGUAUGUGGAAGUGAACAGCAUUUUGGGGAUCGAUUCUGCUUAUGAUCAGAAUCGGAAGGAAGCAAGGGCCUACUAUGAGCAGACUGGAGUUGGCCUACUGCCUGUUGUUCUGUUCAACGGGAUGCCCUUGGAAAAGGACCAGCUAGAUCCUGAUGAAUUGGAAACCAUCACAAUGCACAAAAUCCUGGAGACCACAACCUUCUUCCAGAGAGCAGUGUACUUGGGUGAACUGUCCCAUGACCAAGAUGUGGUAGAGUAUAUUAUGAAUCAGCCAAAUGUUGUUCCACGAAUCAAUUCUAGGAUUUUGACAGCUGAGCGAGAAUACCUGGACUUAACAACGACCAAUAACUUUUUUGUGGAUGAUUAUGCUAGAUUUACUACCUUGGAUUUCCAAGGCAAGACUGCUGCGAUAGCCAAUAGUAUGAACUAUCUGACAAAGAAAGGAAUGUCUUCCAAGGAAAUCUAUGAUGAUUCUUUUAUUAGGCCAGUAACUUUUUGGAUUGUUGGGGAUUUUGAUAGCCCUUCUGGAAGGCAAUUAUUGUAUGAUGCUAUUAAACAUCAGAAAUCCAGUAACAAUGUUAGAAUAAGUGUGAUCAAUAAUCCUAGUGAAGAUGUAAGUUAUGAGAACACUCAGAUCUCCAGAGCAAUCUGGGCAGCUCUCCAAACGCAGACCUCCAGUUCUGCUAAGAAUUUCAUCACCAAAAUGGCCAAGGAGGAGACUGCGGAGGCCUUGGCGGCAGGCGCGGACAUGGGGCAGUUCUCCGUCGGGGGCAUGGAUUUCAGUCUUUUUAAAGAGGUCUUUGAGUCUUCCAAAAUGGAUUUCAUUUUGUCUCAUGCCAUGUACUGCAGGGAUGUCCUGAAGCUGAAGAAGGGACAGAGGGCAGUCAUCAGCAAUGGAAGGAUCAUUGGGCCACUGGAGAAUAGUGAACUCUUUAAUCAAGAUGAUUUCCACCUCCUAGAAAAUAUCAUCUUAAGAACUUCAGCACAGAAAAUCAAAUCUCAUAUUCAGCAGCUUCGGGUAGAAGAAGAUGUGGCAAGCGACUUGGUAAUGAAGGUGGAUGCUCUCCUGUCAACUCAACCAAAAGGAGAUGCAAGAAUCGAGUACCAGUUUUUCGAAGACAGACACAGUGCAAUUAAGCUGAGGCCGAAAGAAGGGGAGACGUACUUUGAUGUCAUGGCCAUCACUGACCCUGUCACCAGAGAAUCACAGAGACUUGCCCCACUGCUCUUGGUUUUAACUCAGCUGAUCAACAUGAAUCUAAGAGUAUUUAUGAACUGCCAAUCUAAACUUUCUGACAUGCCUUUGAAAAGCUUUUAUCGUUACGUCUUAGAACCAGAGGUUUCGUUCACUUCAGAUAAUAGCUUUGCUAAGGGUCCUAUAGCAAAAUUUUUGGAUAUGCCACAGUCUCCUCUGUUCACUCUGAAUUUAAACACACCUGAGAGUUGGAUGGUAGAGUCUGUCAGAACGCCGUAUGAUUUGGAUAAUAUUUAUUUAGAAGAGGUGGAUGGCAUUGUGGCUGCUGAGUAUGAGCUGGAGUACCUCCUACUGGAAGGUCACUGCUAUGAUGUCACCACUGGCCAGCCCCCGCGAGGACUGCAGUUUACAUUAGGAACUUCAGCCAACCCAGUCAUCGUGGACACCAUAGUUAUGGCCAAUCUGGGUUACUUUCAGUUAAAAGCCAACCCAGGCGCUUGGAUUCUCAGACUAAGGAAAGGACGUUCUGAAGAUAUUUAUAGGAUCUACAGCCAUGAUGGUACAGAUUCUCCACCUGAUGCUGAUGAAGUUGUUGUUGUCCUCAAUAACUUCAAGAGCAAAAUUAUUAAAGUGAAGGUUCAGAAGAAAGCAGACAUGGUGAAUGAAGACCUGCUGAGUGACGGAACCAAUGAGAAUGAAUCUGGAUUUUGGGACUCCUUCAAAUGGGGCUUCACAGGAGGACAGAAGACUGAGGAAGUGAAACAAGAUAAAGAUGACAUAAUUAAUAUCUUCUCUGUUGCAUCUGGUCAUCUCUAUGAACGAUUUCUUCGCAUAAUGAUGUUAUCAGUACUGAAGAAUACCAAGACUCCUGUGAAAUUCUGGUUCUUGAAGAAUUAUUUGUCCCCCACGUUUAAGGAGUUUAUACCUUAUAUGGCAAACAAAUACAAUUUCCAGUAUGAGCUUGUUCAGUACAAAUGGCCCCGGUGGCUUCAUCAGCAGACUGAAAAGCAACGCAUCAUCUGGGGUUACAAGAUACUCUUCCUGGAUGUGCUCUUCCCACUCAUUGUUGACAAAUUCUUGUUUGUGGAUGCUGAUCAGAUUGUCCGAACAGAUCUGAAAGAGUUAAGAGAUUUCAAUUUGGAUGGUGCACCUUAUGGUUAUACUCCUUUCUGUGAUAGCCGAAGGGAAAUGGAUGGCUACAGGUUCUGGAAAUCAGGGUACUGGGCCAGCCACCUAGCUGGGCGAAAGUAUCAUAUCAGUGCACUGUAUGUUGUUGAUCUCAAGAAGUUUAGGAAAAUAGCUGCUGGUGACAGACUCAGGGGACAGUACCAAGGUCUGAGUCAGGAUCCUAACAGCCUUUCAAACCUUGAUCAAGAUUUGCCCAAUAACAUGAUCCACCAGGUGCCAAUUAAAUCACUUCCUCAAGAAUGGCUUUGGUGUGAAACAUGGUGUGAUGACACCUCUAAGACAAGGGCGAAAACAAUUGAUUUGUGUAAUAAUCCAAUGACCAAAGAGCCCAAACUGGAAGCAGCUGUUCGAAUUGUCCCAGAGUGGCAGGACUACGAUCAGGAGAUCAAACAGCUCCAGAUCCGCUUUCAGAAGGAGAAGGAAAUGGGAGCACUAUAUGAGGAGAAGACAAAAGAGUCACACAGAGAAGGACCUCAGAAACGUGAAGAAUUAUGAUCUCCAGAGGAAGGUUAGGAAAUGACACCAUGUGAAAAACACUUUCUAUAUUAAGCACUAGUUUUUUUCUGAUCUGUCUAUACAACUGCUGAUGAACUGGCUGGGCAGGCUGCGUGCCUUUGAUUCUGAGCUUUCCUUUGACUCCUGCACACUGGUGGGCUCUGCAUCUUCAAAGCUAAGGCUCUCUUGGAUUUAUACCUCAGAGGAAGACCAGUGGCCGAUCCGUGGGGACUCUGCAAAGAGCAGUCAUCUAACCAGAAUGCAAAAUGGCAAACGCAACGGGAGGAAAACAAGUCCCUGUUCCCCCACCCAGAGCUCACAGGUGCCGCACCACUGUGGGAGCCCUGCCUUGGGAGCACUGCUGUGGGAGCAUUUCUGCAGGAGCAUCGCCAUGGGAGCAACUGCUGCGGGAAUACUGCUACUAGAGCCCAGCUGCGGGAGCCUCGCUGUGAGAGCAUCACUGCAGGAGCAGAGGUGUGGAAGCUGAGCAGCCAGAAUCUCCACCUCCAUCCUCACCUCCACUGAUGGCAGGCAGCCGGGCAUAGUCUGCCACCUGAGGCAGCUGGCAGGAGCUCUGUCCAAGGUCUACAUACCUGGAGGUUUAGGCUAGGACAUUCCCUGUGCCCUUCCUGCAUUCUCUCCCUAGCAUUAGUUCAUUGUUGAAUUGAGACUCAACCAACAGUCGUGUUUCUUCAAGGCUAGCUCGGGGCAGAUUAACUUGGGGACAGGAUAGGGGUGGGUUGGAGUGAGGGUAGUGAAACUAUCCGGUGUAGGAAGGCUCUGGGGUGUGGAGAGGGAGGUGAAGAAGACCAGAAAUUGGCUGCUGUCUUUAGACCAUCAAUACCGUUGUGACUAAUUGAAAAUGAAAACAUUAUUCUUAUUCCCCACCCAAUCUCAGUGAACUUUUUAGGUAAUUAUUUUGUAAACAAUUUUUGUAUUGUGAAAGUGUUCACUUUUUCUUUUCAGUUUCUAAAGAAAUGUAGUUGUUGAUUUCCUUACUGGAUACAGCCAUAGUGAGCCCUCAUGGAGUCUUGGGGCUCCCUCAGGAAGGUCACCUUGUCCCUGCCCUCUCCUCUUCUGUAGGAUUUUCCUUGCCCAGACCCAGGGACAGUUGGCUCUGAGUUUUCUCUACAAAAGAUUUCCAGAUCUGAGAGCAAGAAGGUUUGACUGUGUGGCUCCUGGUUUUCUUACACACUGUGUCAUAUGCCCUUCAGUUUAGUGCUGUGGGUUGCCUUUGGCUCGCGGUUGCCAGUGUCGCACUUGUUCUGACUCCACACAGUUGCAUCUUGAAGCCACAGAAGCCCUUUAGUCAUUGCUUUUUAUGUCUAUGUUCAGCAGCCCAGGGUGGCCCCCUGGAGCAGCCUGUCCUGGUGAGUGUGCUGGGCUGGGAGGCUCCCACGAGGGGUCUGCUGGUGUGCUGUUGGCCAUGUGGUGUGAGGCUCCGGGCCCUUCCGUAUGCCUCCCCAGGCUGCAAGGCACAGACGAGCACAACAUGGACAGUGUCCCCUCCCAUGCAAACACGUUUGUCUCACACUGCCUGCUGUUUAGAAACAUGAGGUGGGUGUGAAUGGAUAGCUAAGUCCUCAGUCUUCUACGCCAAGUCACAUAAUGAUUUGCAGUCUUUUUUAAAAAAUCAGUCUUACAACAAAUAUCAGGUAAUUUAUUUUUUCCAUAUUCACAUGCAAACGUUAGCUUAGGAGUCUCUUAGGUAGCCUGAAGGACUUUUGAGUUUGCUUCUAAAAUUCCAUUAAAAUUGGGGAUGAGGAGCUCAAAAAUUUUUUAGAUAAAUUGAUCCAAGACUGAAAAGGACCCUUGGAAUCAUUUGCAGAGACAAAGGCUGUAGCAUGAGUUCCUGCUGCCCUGCCCCUCACUGGGUCAGCAACUGAAGGGAUAGAACCAGUGAGAGUAAAAAAACAUUUGUUCAGCUUGAGCUUAGAUUUAAUUAAGCCUUUGGAGAGGUUUCUGCUGCUGCCACUUCUGUCUACGACCGUGGGCAGAAUUGUGCAUUUUCCAGUUUAUUUUCUGGGAGAUUGUGCAGGAAAUACUAAAGUCACUGGGAUAUGCUUUUUAAAUGCCGGUUCCCUUAGGAUGUUACCCAGACCACCUUUCUCUGUGUCUUCCUACCAGGUCUCGCUGCAUAAUCCAUUUGAGGAAGGCACAGUGGAACCUGUGUUUCUAUGUAGUGUGUGUCCUCAUUGCCCUCACCACCCUAUUAAUUGUUGAAUCGAAAUAUGCAAGACCCAGCUUGCUUCUGAAAUGAUUAGGGCCUGCCUUCUCCUGCCAGUAACUCUUGGCUCAGGUGACAUAAGCAUCUUUCAAAAUGAACCUCUAAUGUCCUAGGAAACAAUGUUACCACUAAAAUUUGGUCUUGGUCAGCGUUGCCAUCUUUACUGUAUGAAAGCAAAUUGUCACUAGAAAGAUAGGUAGGAUAAUUUUUUUCCCAAGAAGCAAGAAUUGAUUGAUUUCAUUGGAACAUUCAAACUUCUGGAAACUGUUCACAGUAUAUUGUUUUUAACCAACAUUUAUAUCUAAUGGAUUAUUUUUUCUCUCAUCAUGCCAUAAUGGAAAACUUUCUGUCUGAGUCAGUGCCAGAGUGAUGUGAAAUAAUGUGACAUGUUAGAAUGACAUGCAACAGUAUGACUGUGUUCUGUGAACAAUGGUAUUUGGCCGAGAUCAGAACCCAUGCACACAGCCUUCUGCCAUGGCUGUGGAGGUGUGCCUGUGAUUUGUUUUAACACUAUACUCAAUACCACCACACUGAGAACGAUGGCAUGUUCUCUUUCCAUAAGAUUGAUGAAGUGCUGAAUCUGUCAAACGUGGCAUUUCAAGUUGAAACAAACAGGUGUUUGCCUACCUACUAAGCGCAUGCAUCAUGGUUAGGUACGUGUCUUAUGUGAACCUAGCUCUUGGGAGAGCAAAGAUUUUACAUUGGCUAAGAAAGAAUUUCCAAGAAUGGAGCUUCAUCUACUUUGCUGUCCUUUAAGGCCUCAUGGUAGGAACCUUGGUAAGGCUCUGCCUGAACAAACAACCUUGAUCUGGAUGAAGGCUGAAAGCUAGGGAAGGCUGUGCGGUGUUUGCAAGAGACUGGCCCAGUGAUAGGGAGGAAGGAAAUCCCAGGUUCCUGUAGCUGGGAAUUCUGCUUUACUGACAUGGUAACUUGGGACAGGUCAGACCCCACCCUCACUGCGAUGAGUAUAACAUGGCUCCUCUUACCCCACCUCUUCCUACAAGUAAAUGUGGGUACUUGAAAACAGUCUUUUUCUGAAAUUGCCAUGAAUGAUUAAAAGAAAUAAUUCAACUCAAGACUUAACAAGUGAAUAUCUAGUGUAUUUUCUCUGAAUAAAAUAUUAGUACUGUGCUAUCAAAUUUCAUGGAACUGUACAUGUUUUGGUAAAGCCACCUAAUGAAAACUUUCUCUUGGUAACAUAAAUGAAGGGUGCACUGUGUGUGAAGUUAUUUAAAUAUAUAGUCCACCAUUGUGUAAUUUUAAUAGUUUUUUAAAUAUUUGAUUUUAUGGGGACAUUUUUGUGGGAUAAUUGGAGUUAACUUAAAUAUAGAUGUUGUGUCUAGUUUAAUGGGAUAACAUUUUUUAGUUUAAAUUCAUGUUUGCCUUGCCUUGAUGUAGUGAGAAGAGAUCUUAAUCAGGACUUUGUUAAUUAUUUGAGUUCAAGCAAAUUAGGCUCAUUAACUCAGGUCAUUAUUGAUAUUUUAAAGUAUCUGGAGGAUACCAAUUUCUCUUUUAUUAUGUGGUCUUUGACCCCUUGAUGUAACACAGAAAGGACACUGCUGGGUGGCCGUGAGUCAGUGAGCCAAGUAGAUCUCUCCCCCUCAAGGUAUGCUGACAAUUUAUAAAAACAAACCACAAACUCAGCUUUAAGCAGCUGCUUGCUCUCCAUAAAGUUUAAACAGCGUGGUCAUUUUGCAAGCAGGAGGCUAUCUCCUGAGUCUAUCUCAAUUACCUAGCAACACAGAAGCCAAAUGUGGAAGAUUUAAGUAGACUACAAGUGAGGGUAUGAGCAAAGGCCUUCAUCCCAUCUGUAAUUUAUGCAUUGCCUUACUUGUCACAAUUUAGAUUUCCAGAGAAAUGGGCAUAAUUCCUCUCCAGAAUGAAAGUAUCAGAAUAUAUUAAUCUAAGGGCAACAAUUUGAGAAAGUUUGUCAAGUAUGACGCUUUCUAACCACUUAUCCUUGGUGUAAGGUAAACAGAAAAAUGAAGAAAAAUGUUAGAAUUUUAAAGAAAUUAUGUACUUAAAAAAACUUUCUUUAUAAAAACAAUUGUAUUUUACUGUUAUUCUGUUCCAUUAAAUGCAACACAAGUCCAGGUGCUGUCCUUGCUUGGGAAAAAGGGCUCUGUGUCUCCAGAGCCCUAUGCACCCGGACUGAACUGAGAAUGAAUUUCCUGGUACUGUAAUGAAAAUAAGGUCUGCUCAACACAAUAAACUUUUCCUUCUCUUCUUUCAA